AACACUUCCAUUUUACGGUCACACAGAAGCCUUUUCACUUUUUGUCAUAGAACUUUGAGUUUUUGACUAAACGAGGCAUAAAGCUGUAAGCGUAAAUUGUUAAAACCAGACAGACUGAAUAAAAUGCAAUCACCGCAUACUGAUGACGAGGGGAGCUCCGAUGAGGGGAAAUCACUCACCGCUCCCACUGCCGAUGCUCCUACUGCAUCGACGUACUAUGGGGAUAUUUUCCAAUCAUCUAGUAGCGGCGAAGACUCGCCCAAAAGCGGCUCAUCAAGCGACGACUUAUCUGACAACGAUUCACCAUGUCCCGACUCCGAUGAGGAUGCACCACUCCCCGCUCCUACUGCCGAUACUCUUACUACAUCGGUGUGCUAUGGGGAUCUUUUGAAUUCAUUUAGUAGCAGCGACGACGCAUCCAGCGACGUGUUAUCUGAUAAUCCAACCCGUAGACCGCCUAUUGUGCCGCAAGUGGAGGUAGAUGCUUCCCAUCUCACGUUGAACCCGUCGUUCCACAGCCAGGGCGAUCCGAUAAAUGGCGACAUGGCUGGCCCAAGCUUAAAUCCAUUCAUAGGAGACGAGUUUCACGAUGGUUCCACCACUGACAAUUUCGAGGAUGUGGGUGUUCCAGACAGCAGCGAGGAUGUGGCUGUUCCAGACAAAGAUUUAUGUAGUAGCAGCGACGACUCAUCCAGCGAAGGCUCAACAAGCGAUGUGGCCGUUCCAGACAACAGCGAGGCUGUGGCUGCUGCUGUUCCAGGCAUACAAAUGCACGAAAACCGACAGACAAGCUCUUCACAAAUUUCGAACACAUCCAAUUUUCAGCCACCUCGUCGUCGACGCACCGCACCGGCCUACUUCGAUGAUCCGGAAUCAAUUGGAGCGCGUGUGGCCAAGCGUAGUAGAGCCAGCACGGCCCCUAUUGAAUUAGCUAAACCCUUAGACGUAACAAACUACAUUAAGGAGGUGUCUGCCCGAUUAUUGACCGAGCGUGUGAGCCAGCAGGCCUUUCUGCAGUUUUCCAUAGCCUCUAAUCGCGCAGUGCAAAAAGCCAUAGCUAGCUCCAAAAGAGCCUUGGGGGAGGCCCCUAAGUAGUGCUUUCACAUUGAGAAGAUAAUUAUUGAUAUAAUAAUAAACAAUAAAACAUUGUGCGUACGACUCAAUACUUCGACAAGCGCAUGGACGUGUAAAGCUGACGGUGUAAUUGUAUAAAUGUGUAUCUGGUU